CGCCCCCCUCUGCGUGAGGAAGCCCCGCCCCCGACUGUUUCUCUUGCACUCCCGGCUGCCCCUCCCAUCUGUUUGUUUAGUGCCUGUUCCCGUCUUCCCUCCCGCUGCGUGCCCGGCCCCAGCCCGCUCGCAGUGCUGUCUCCCCCAUCCGCGCCGAGCCUCCGGCUCUGCGGUGCCGGGCUGGCUCCCAAGAUGGCGUCCAUCAUGGAGGGGCCGCUGAGCAAAUGGACCAACGUGAUGAAGGGCUGGCAGUACCGCUGGUUCGUGCUGGACUAUAACGCGGGGCUGCUCUCCUACUACACGUCAAAGGACAAAAUGAUGAGAGGAUCACGAAGAGGGUGUGUUCGACUCAGAGGAGCUGUGAUUGGUAUAGACGAUGAGGACGACAGUACCUUCACAAUAACUGUUGAUCAGAAAACCUUCCAUUUCCAGGCUCGAGAUGCUGAUGAGAGAGAGAAGUGGAUUCAUGCUUUAGAGGAAACAAUUCUCCGUCAUACUCUUCAGCUUCAGGGUGUGGAUUCAGGAUUUGUUCCCAGUGUUCAGGAUUUUGAUAAGAAACUUACAGAGGCUGAUGCUUAUUUGCAGAUCUUGAUAGACCAAUUGAAGCUAUUUGAUGAGAAGCUUCAGCACUGCAUAGAUGAUGAACAGAGAAAAAAAAUUGAAAAUCUCAAAGAAACAACCAAUAGUAUGGUAGAAUCAAUAAAACACUGCAUUGUGUUGCUGCAGAUUGCUAAAGACCAAAGUAAUGAGGAGAAGCACGCAGAUGGACUUAUAAGUACUAUUAACCCUGUUGAUGCAGUAUAUCAGCCUAGUCCUUUGGAACCUACAGUGAUCACUACAAUGCCCACCCAGACUGUCUUACUUCCAGAGCCUGCUCAGUUGUUGAAAUCAGAGCAGCGACCUUCGUCCUUGGCAGUUGGGCCUGCAGUAACAUCGCUAGGAAACCAUCAGAUUCCAACACCAAAUAGUACAGGAAGUGGGCAGUCGGCACCCAGCAGCAGUUUAACCUCUCCGAGCCACGUCAAUCUGUCUCCAAAUACAGUUCCAGAUUUUUCUUACUCCAGCAGUGAAGAUGAGUUCUAUGAUGCUGAUGAAUUCUAUCAGAACAGUUCUUCCCCAAAGCGAUGCAUUGACUCCUCAGGAUCUGCAGCAGUCCUGACUCGCAGCAGCACAGGAAGUAGUUUGAAACGCCCAGACACCACAGAAUCCCUUAAUUCUUCCAUGUCUAAUGGGACAAAUGAUGCUGAUCUCUUUGAUCCUCUUGAUGAUAGAGAUGAUGAUGGUGAAGGAGAGUCAGUGGAAGAACAUAAGAGUGUUAUUAUGCAUCUUUUAUCACAGGUUAGACUAGGAAUGGAUCUAACAAAGGUGGUUCUCCCAACUUUUAUUCUGGAAAGAAGAUCACUUUUGGAAAUGUAUGCUGACUUUUUUGCACAUCCGGACUUAUUUGUGAGUAUUAGUGACCAAAAGGAUCCAAAGGACCGAAUGGUUCAGGUGGUUAGAUGGUACCUCUCAGCUUUUCAUGCGGGAAGGAAAGGAUCUGUUGCUAAAAAGCCUUACAAUCCCAUUUUGGGCGAGAUUUUCCGGUGUCAUUGGCUAUUGCCAAAUGCUGAAAAUGAAGAUAAUACGGAGCCUGUUUCAGAGGGACCAAUUCCUUGGGUUACCAAAAACAGUGUGACGUUUGUAGCAGAGCAGGUCUCUCACCACCCUCCAAUUUCAGCGUUUUAUGCCGAGUGUUUUAGCAAGAGAAUACAAUUCAAUGCUCACAUCUGGACCAAGUCAAAAUUCUUGGGGAUGUCUAUUGGUGUUCAUAAUAUAGGGCAAGGUUGUGUGACAUGCCUAGAUUAUGAUGAGCACUAUAUUUUGACUUUCCCCAAUGGUUAUGGAAGAUCUAUUCUCACAGUGCCAUGGAUAGAACUGGGUGGAGAAUGCAGUAUUAGUUGCUCAAAAACAGGUUACAAUGCUAACAUCGUCUUCCACACAAAACCUUUCUAUGGAGGAAAGAAGCAUAGAGUUACAGCUGAAAUUUUUUCUCCUCAUGACAAGAAAUCCUUCUGCUCAAUUGAAGGGGAAUGGAAUGGUGUCAUGUAUGCAAAAUAUGCAACAGGGGAGAGUGUAGUCUUUAUAGAUACCAAGAAAAUGCCUACAAUUAAGAAGAAGGUAAAGAAACUGGAAGAUCAAGAGGAAUAUGAAUCCCGCUGCCUAUGGAAAGAUGUAACUUACAACUUAAAAAUCAGAGACAUUGAUGCAGCCACAGAUGCAAAGCACAGAUUGGAAGAAAGACAAAGAGCUGAAGCUAGAGCCAGAAAGGAGAAAGAGACAUCAUGGGAAACAAGGUUAUUCCAUGAAGAUGGAGAAUGUUGGGUUUAUGAUGAGCCACUAUUGAAACGACUUGCUGCCACUAAACAUUAAGUGGUUAUAAAAACCUAAAACAUUCAGGUCUUGGCUUAGUGAAUUUUACAACUACAAGAUAAAUUUAUGACUAGCAAGUACUUUAUUUUGGAGAUCCUGUCCCCUCCAGUUACAGUGGUUCCUAUCUCAGGGAUACUGGAUUUAAUAAUGCUGAUGAACAAUUAAAGCAGGAAAUGUCUUAACUAUUUGACAGUCAUAUAGUAGCUUUGGACUUUACCAUUCAGAUUGUGUAUUCAAGCUUCAACGACAUGAUGGCUGAGCCCUCACACAUGCUUCAGAAGCAUCAAUGAACCGUGGGCCUAAGUCAUGGGAAGCAUACUUGGUAUAACCACUGUAAAGGACAUAGUUGGUAUCAGUUGCAUAAUAUUCUGGGGGGUCUACAUAUAUAAAUAUAUAUAUAUAUAAAAAUGCAAGACUUCACUUAAUUAAAUCCAGUUAACAUUUUUGAUGUGUAAAUAUGAGGAUUCCUUUGAUUGGACAGUUUAUUAGAAAUCUACAUAAAUGUUAUUUGCCACCUGUAUGAUAAAAAUCAAACCUUUUGGCAUUUGUGUCUCACCCAAAAUAAUUUUUUUAUUUUAGAAAUUAAAAUGUAACCAUAGACUACAAUUGAAUUACUCAGUGCAUCUUAAAGCUUCAUAAAAUAGAUUUUUCAAACUU